UGCUAUAUCUCUCUCUCUACUCGCUCCAUGGACUCCACGACACGUCAAAGUCAUGGUUCGAGUGUUGUGCGUCGCGGAGAAGCCGUCGAUUGCAAAGGCAGUAGCGAACCAUCUAGGUGGACAGGCCAGAGCUGAGAGUGUCCGUGGUGUUCAGUGGGUCAAGAAUUACAAGUUCGACUUUCGUUUUCAGCAAUGGGGGCAAUGCGAUGUAACUUUUACCUGCGUUGCCGGGCAUAUCGUGGCACACGACUUUCAUGAACGGUUCAGAAAAUGGCAAUCAUGCCUGCCAGCAGCGCUCUUUGAAGCUCCCAUAGAGUCCCACAUCGCGCAGGACAAAAAGGCUGUGGCAAGCAACAUCGAGUCGCAAGCCAGAUAUGCGUCCAUUCUGUUCAUUUGGACCGAUUGCGAUCGCGAAGGCGAGCAUAUCGGAUCCGAGAUUCGAGACAUUGCACUGAAAGCGAAUCCAAACAUGGAGGUCUGGCGAGCGCGGUUCAGCAACAUUGAGAGGGCACACGUUAUUCAGGCCUCACAAAACCCCGUUCGACUAGAUGAAGCACAAGCGCAAGCAGUCUCAGCCCGCAUGGAACUUGACCUUCGCCUCGGUGCAGCCUUCACCCGCAUGCAGACGCUAGCCCUCCAGAAAAUGAUUCCCCAGCAAGGCGAAGAGCGCGGGAAGAUUAUCAGCUACGGCUCUUGCCAAUUUCCUACACUAGGUUUUGUGGUUGACCGGUACCUGCGUGUGCGGAACUUUGUGCCAGAGUCUUUCUGGUAUAUCAAAGUCGCGCACACAAGGGAUGAGAUUGAUGUCAAGUUCAACUGGCGACGAGGGCAUCUGUUUGAUCGCAUGGCAGUCACCAUCAUCUUCGAACGCUGCCUGCUUUCGAAGACGGCGAAAGUGAUCAAGAUGGCGAAGAAGCCUACCAAGAAAUGGAAGCCAUUGCCGUUGACAACCGUGGAGUUGCAGAAAAAUGGAAGUAGGUUUCUCCGCAUGACCUCGCAGGAUGUUAUGAAGGUUGCGGAAGACCUCUACACCAAAGGAUGGAUCAGCUACCCGCGUACCGAGACAGAUCAGUUUGACCGUGGCAUGGAUCUCCGAACCAUAGUUUCGAGGCAGACGCAGGAUGGUCGUUGGGGCCCAUUCGCACAGAAUCUAAUGAAUGGCGGAUUCAAUCAACCUCGCAGUGGUCGAAACAACGACAAAGCACAUCCACCCAUUCAUCCUGUCAACUAUGUUGCACCUACCCAGCUUAACGAGAAUGAGCGAAAGGUCUACGAGUUUGUGGUCCGCCGCUUCCUAGCCUGCUGCUCUGAGGAUGCCACAGGUGAAGCUACAGAUAUUGAGAUUGAUUAUGGAGGCGAAGUCUUUCAUGCGCAUGGUCUCAGCGUCAUCGCCAGGAACUACCUGGACGUAUACCCCUAUGAUAAGUGGGAGAGCAGCCAACAGCUCCCGAAAUACACUGUGGGGGAGAUGUUUGAGCCCACAGAGGCGAACAUGCUGGACGGAAAGACUACAGCACCAGGAUAUCUCACCGAACCCGAACUCAUUGCGCUCAUGGACGCGAAUGGUAUUGGCACGGAUGCCACCAUGGCUGAGCAUAUUGCCAAGAUCAAAGAACGCGAAUAUGUAAUUGCGCGUUCCGGCACAGGGGGCACAGCAGCUGGGGGCACAGCACCUAGCAGAGGGCGAGGAAGAGGGCGAGCAGGUGGCGCAGGAGGAGGCCGUGGAGGUCGAGGUGGGGCAGCAGCAGCAGCUCAAAACGGCGGAGGAGGAACUGGCGGGGUGCAAGAGUUCAUUCCGACAACGCUGGGCAUAGCGCUUAUUGAGGGAUACGAUAAUGUGGGAUUUGAGACGAGUCUCAGCAAGCCGUUUUUACGGAAGGAGAUGGAGGUUCAGAUGAAGGCGAUAUGCGACGGGCACACUACGCGCAACGACGUGGUGCAUCGGAACCUCGAGCAGUACCGAGCCGUGUUCAAUCGCACGGUGCAGCAGAUCAAUGUGCUUAAAUCGGCCGUGACGAAGUACGUUGUGAACGCGAAUCAUGGCUGAGGCUUUGUCCACGCGGGUGCUCUCGGUUCGAGGGCCCACGUCACUCUAUGGGGACUCUAUGGAGACGGACGUCAUGGGCGGGGUGAGCGUCUGGGCAGGGCGGCUGACUGUGGUUUGCUGCAAGACAAGAGACAUACACACGUGUGUUGACGGGUGUUUCUUCUUCGCAGUCCAUCAGUCGCAGCGCCUCAUCCCGUGUCUGGGCGACGGGCAACGUUAGGUAAGGGAGUGCAUGGCAUGGGCGAAAUCGGAGGGUUGGGAGGAGACCCCGCUUCGCGAUAACGCCAAUAGUGCUGUUGGGGCAGCAAAUGCACGAUGGAGGGCGGGAUGUAGAAGUCGGUAUAGGUCUCGAUUGCGAACGGAACGAAGGGAGUGUCUCAGUGCAGCAUCAGCGUGUCAUGCGAUCAGGCGGGUGGGUGAAUGACGCUGGCUUUGGGCAUAGGCAUAGGCAUAGGCAUUGAAAUGUCAAUAUUAACAAAGCCGCG